AUGGGCCCGGGGCGCCGGGAGGCGCGGGCGCCCGCGCUCACCUUCCCGCUUCCGGCUUGCUUUUCAGUGGUCGCCGAGUUCGGGCGCAUCGCCGUGGAGUUCCUGCGGCGGGGGUCGAACCCCAAGGUCUACGAUGGCGCCGCCAGAAAACUCAAUGUGAGUAGUGACACCAUCCAGCAUGGGGUGGAAGGAUUAACAUACCUCCUCACAGAGAGUUCAAAGCUUAUGAUUUCUGAACUGGAUUUCCAAGACUCUGUUUUUGUUCUGGGAUUCUCUGAAGAGUUGAACAAAUUACUGCUUCAGCUUUAUCUGGACAACAGAAAGGAGAUCAGAAAUAUUCUGAGUGAACUGGCGCCGGCGCUGCCCAGCUACCAUAGCCUUGAAUGGAGAUUGGAUGUACAGCUUGCCAGCAGAAGCCUCAGGCAGCAAAUUAAGCCAUCAGUGACCCUGAAGCUGCACCUGGAUCAGAACGGAGGCCACAGCACCAGAAUCGUGCAGACGGACCCGGCCACCCUGCUUCAUCUGGUCCAGCAGCUGGAGCAAGCAUUGGCAGAGAUGAAAACCAGCCACUGUAGGAGGGUCAUCCGCAACAUCAAGUAGCAGGUUCAGCGUUGUUCCGCGUCCGGGGUCUGCCUUGAAGGCCGGGGUCUUGUUGAGCAAUGGCCACUCAUGUACUGCCUGUUUCCAGGGGCCGUUUUUCAAGAGCAGUUUCUUGUUGAGUGAUGGCGAUGAGCAUAUCCCUGGAUUUCUUCUUCUGUUCUACACUGAGGCUAUGGUCAGAACUGACCUUAAGUUCCUUCCCUGGUGCUACAUACGGACAGCUUCCGGUCAGAUGGAAAUUCUUUUGUAUUUUAAAUGUGUAAAUAUAGUUGAAGCAGCCAUCUUCUACACAUGAGUAUUCUG